CAUAGUACAGACGAACAUACGGUCUUUCUUCACUGACUCGUGGUAGAAGAGGAAGGUUCAGCUUUGCUGUUCCUCUAAAUAUUAAUCAAGGAGCUGAUCGUGACUUGCUGGAUGGUCUGUUACCUUAUAUUUUGUUACGCGAAUAUUUAUAAAGCCAGAGUAUCUGAAGUGGGGAGGUAACUGCUGCUUUAUUUGUGCAAAAAAGCAAGGUAUUUAACUGUUGGCGUAUUGAGGCCUCUGCGUGGGAACUGUGGUGUGUUGAGUAACAGAAGAGGGUUACGCUUUAGUGGACUGAAUAUUUCUUUUUCGUGUUUGGCUAUAGGAAAACGUUUUUUGUUUUUGUUUUUUUAGUAAGGUGGCUAUUUUUGAAAUAGAAGAAAAUAUUCUAAUACCUUAAUUGCGUCUAAGCCUUUAUUAGUAAAGGCCGUUGGGUGUGGAGCCAGAGCCGCAGUGCGGUUUAACCCCCGAUUAAUAUUUUCAGAUUAAAAUAAAGAACACUCUAAAAUUGAUCGUAGAAACUUUGUUUUGUAAGUUUUUGAAUAGUCAGUGUUCAAUUGUGGGGGUGUAUGGUGUAGAAUAUCCGGUAAAACUUUAUCUAUCUAGAAUGUCGCAGGCAGCCAGAUGCAAGUCUUGUAACCGUUUUCUUAAACACAAUUCCCACGGUACCUUGUGUUUAACUUGCGUAGAGCGCUAUGACGUGCAGAAGAGUUAUGUGAGGGUUCCUCUUGGGGUUGGUGAGUCUGUCGAAGGUUUAGGUGGUCAAAAUCUUCCCGGUGGCAAGAACGUGGAUCCACAGCUAGUAUCUCUCUUGAAGGAACUAGUUAAUAGAGUAGAAGGAGGGCAGGGUAAGCGGAAACUGCCUCAAGCAGCUGUGCCACCAGCAAAGAGGGUAGCAUAUGGUUCUGAGAGUGCUGAUCUUGCCCUCUCUUAUGACAGAGAGCGGGAAAGAGAUAGGGAGAGAGACAGAGAUAGAUGGUCUCACAAUAACCACACUCUUGGGCAUAGAGGUGACGAGUGGGAUAUGCGAUCUCCCUCUGGUCGAACUGGUGCUCCUAGGGCUGAUGAGUGGGAUAUGCGUAAUCCGCCUGCUCGCUCCAGUGGUCCACGGCCGGAUGAGUGGGAUGUGCGCCCAUCGCCUUCUGCUAGACCACCUGGCCCACGCCCUGAUGAUUGGGAUGUGAGACCUUCCCAAUCUAGCCGUUCAGCUGGGCCACGACCCGAUGAGUGGGAUAUGAGGGCCCCUCCAAGCCGGUCAGCUGGGUCGAGACCUGAUGAAUGGGAUAUGAGACCCUCUCUUGGCCGUUCAUCCGGGCCACGGUCUGAUGAAUGGGAAACGAGACCUCAAGUUCGUCCAUCUGGUAUGCGGCCAGAUGAUUGGGAUACAAGGCCGCCCCCUUCUAAUCGUUCAUCUGGGCCACGGCCCGAUGACUGGGACGUGAGGCCUGCUCCGGGCCGUUCCUCCGGUGGCCCACGGCCCGAUGACUGGGACGUAAGGCCUCCGGGCCGUUCCUCCGGUGGUCCACGGCCCGAUGACUGGGAGGUACGGCCUCUUCUAGGCCGUUCCUCCGGUGGGCCACGGCCCGAUGACUGGGAUACAAGGCCCUCUCUCAACCGUUCAUCUGGUGGGCCACGACCUGAUGACUGGGAUGCAAGGCCUCCCAACCGUUCAUCUGGUGGCCCACGACCUGAUGAGUGGGAUGCAAGGCCCCCUCCUCUUCUCCAGACUUCUGGAAUGCGGGGUGACGAUUGGGAUAUGCGGCCUCCACCUGGCCGUGGUCCAGGGCCUCGCUCAGAUGAGUGGGACGCAAGACCUGCUCGGUCAGACGAAUGGGAAAUGCGAUCUCCAGCGGGGCGUUCUUUGCCUCGUAAUGAAGAGUGGGACUUGAGGCCUACUCGACUUGGUGACUGGGAUGUCAGGCCCCCACCCUUGUUAUCAGUUCCACGACUUGGUGACUGGGACUUGCAUCGCAAGUCUCGAAACGAAUGGCGUCCACAGGCACGUCGUUCUUUUGCUGCACAGCCUAGAAGGGUAAAUAGGUUAGCAAAUGUUAGAACUGCAGCCGCGCCCAGAAAGAAGCCUGUUACUGCAGGUCCCAGUUUGACUGGUGCAAAAAAGAAAGCCCAAGUCCAGAAAGGUGCCGGUGAUGCAGCUAAAAAGGAAGAGAAAACUGUUAACGCAGUUGAUAAAACUCCAGUUAAAAAGGAAACUGCUAAAAAGUCUCCAAGUAAAGCUGAUGGUACCGCAGAUGCUUCUGAAGAGACUGAGGUAAAGGAGAGGGAGAGGGAAACUUUCCAAUUUAGUCCUGGUAAUACUCCAGAGUUUGUUAGAAGUGUUUGCGGUGUACUUAACCUGGAGGUUGUUGAAGAGGCUGGUACGACCCCAGCAGCAAACAAGUAUGUAUUUUUCCCACCUAACAAGCUAUUUGAGGCAUUGGUCGUGAAAGAAUGGAAACAAUUGGAUAAGAAACACAUAAAGAGUAAUUAUUGUAAGAAGCUCUACUCAUUUCCUAGAGAAUGGUGUAAGCUAUGGGAGAUUGCUCCCGCUGUUGAUUCUUCUGUUGCUUCUGUUGCAUUACAGACAAAAGAACCUGUAAAACCAGCAGCUCUUCCUAAAGGGAUUGUAGAGCGCAGAAUAGACAUUGCCUCUCGAAGAGCAUUUAUGGCAUGUGGGGAGGUUAUUAGCACUGCCAUUGCAUCUUCAUUGGUAACUCAAGCACUCUCAAGUUGGUUGGAGCAAAUUGCCCAGGAGCUCCCAGAAGAUGCAGAGGCACGAACACAGUUGUCUCAGAUUCAGUUGUGUGUACAGUACUUGUCUGAUGCAACUCGUGAUAUUGUGAAGGGUGGGGCGCGUGCAUCAGUUGCACAAAUUAAUGCUAGGAGAGCAGUUUGGUUGCGUAACUGGAACCCUAGGGAACAGCUUCAAAGUCAGUUGCUGAAGAUACCAUUCCAGGGAGGGCUACUUUUUGGAAAGGAGGCUGAUGCUUUAAUGCAGCAGUAUAAACAAAGUGAGAGGAACCGUGAGGCAAAACUCAAAUUGACUUCUCCACAAACCCCACGUAGUCAGCGUGGACGUGUUCAUGGAGGUCUUGGAUUUGCAGGUGGUGAUAGGAUGAUGUACCGUGAGCCUCCCUUCCCAGAUGAAAUGGAAUCUGACAGGUUUUUCUCUCCUGAGCGACGACUCCCUUCGUAUUCUGAGUACCUUAAUUUCAUUGAACAUGGAUUGAGGAGUUAUCCAGGAGAUUAUCCUGAAGACUUGCCCCCUCCAAGAUUUUUUGGGGGAUCUCCAAUGGGUGGAAGAGAAUUUCCAUCCUAUCCUGAGGAGGAGGAAGAACGUCGUUUUAUGCGUACUUUGAGGGCACAGACAUCAUUUGGUGGAAGGGGGCGGGGUAAGCGUGGCUCUCGCAUUUUCUAGCUGUGAAGUAAUUGUACCUAGUCCCAAGCCCUUUUGUGUCCAAUGAGUAUUUUAUGGAAUUGUGUAAACAAUUUUUUUUUUUUACUUGAGUGUUUUUACUCCGACCAUUUUUUGUUUGAAGAUUUUUAUAUAUUUUUUUAGUUGUAAUCUCAUCCCAUUCCAUGUAUAGUAUUGAACAUUGAGUUAUGGUAGUGUUCAGGAGAGGGUAAGCUGCCCGAUCCAAUUUGGUCCAUAUUUUAAUUUUCAUGAUCAGCAGCUUUAUAAUUGAAUAACAUUGGUAUGGUGCUGGUCGGCCUUGAUGCAGAUAGCCUGGGGGUGCUGGGGGGGUUGCUGUUGACCUAGAAGGCUGCCUUUUCUGCGUCAGUGAAACGGUUCCCACCAGCCUGGAGAAGCAGUGGUGUUGGGAGUUUCUUGCACCACAUCUGCUUGGAGAUUCAAUAGAAAAGUUUGCAUGGCAUCAUGCAUGCAUAUUUUAACUAGUUUGUUUGCAUUAGUAAUGAGCAUGGGGGGGCACACUGUUAAUCAGUUAUAAAAUUUUCUUUCACAUUACUAAGUUGGACAUUUAAGUUUAUUUUGAAAUUUUUUAAAUGUGCUUGGCAGUGUAAAGUUUGCCUUUUGGUGUUUUAGGGGGUGGAGUAGGAAUUUUGUACACACUGUCACUAUAGUUCUACACUGAUAGCAGUUGAGAUCUUGUAUUCCAAUUGAACUGUCAUUGGAAGCUUAAAAGGGUGCAUAUAAAGCAGCAGUACUUCCACACUGUUAUGGGCAGCCAAAAGUUUGCAUUCUAGCUCUGCAGCCUUCAGUUCACAAAAGGAUCUUCUAGUUCUGCAGCCUUCAGUUCACAAAAGGAUCUUCUAGUUCUGCAGCCUUCAGUUCACAAAAGGAUCUUCUGGUUCUACAGUUUUCAGUUCACAAAAAGGAUCUGUUUUAUGCAGGAUCGGUUUAUUAUGCAGUGUAUCGGAUUACUUCGGGCGAACUUCUGGCUAACCAUGGACAAGAAUAGCUGUUGGUGUGGCUUAAGAUGGCGACAGUUGCAGGCGGUAUCUCAAGUUACUUGAAGACAGUACUGUCUAGAUCUGGAGUUUGUGGAUCAACUCUUCAGGGCAGUUUCAUGUGGUGUGGCUUAAUUAUACACUGUCGGGUGUAUACUUGGAUCUGCAGAGCCAGAAGCUGAUUGUUCCAAGGAGGAAGAUGCAAAAGCCGCUGUUGCUGCCGAUGGACACUGUAUAGCUUUUUUUUCAGGCCCCCAUUCUGUCUUAAAGGGGACGAGAACUUCAGUACUAGUCAACACAUCAGUCCACAUUCAAGCAAAGCCUGGGGAUAUGAAGCAAUAACUAUUGAGCUGCUGUCCUGCAAGGACGACAUAACACACUACAGAAUUUUAGUAAUUACAGCAGUAAAUUUACAGCAUAGACCUGUGUUUUUAGCUUUGUGUGUAGCUGCAGGUUCUCUAGUUUGCUGGCAGGAACAAUAGCCCAGUGGGGGACUAAUUUCAUUAUGGACUUGCAUUUCUGGCUACUGUGUAGCAGAUGCUCGGUUCCCCCAGCAAUGGCUAAGUCUUUUCUGUAGUGCUGUGUUCUGAUGGGCAUGAUGUGAUAAAAUUGGGAAAUUCAUAAUAUGCCUGCAUCCAUGUCUGGCUGCAGCUUGCUUCACUGUUGUGUAGCCUUCUAGCCUCUGGACUACAAGAAAUAAGUUGUGGACUUGGAGAAGAGCGAAACUGUCCACAGAUGGUGUGGGCUGUGCUGCUGCUUGAAAAUGUGCCUGCCUCACCCCCUCAGUCUAUUGAUCCCUGUAUCCCACAUGGGCAAUCCAGGGCUGUACAUUGUAACUUUUGUUUUCUUUUACUGUGGAAGGUCCUUUAGCAGAUUUUUUGUUAAUUUUGAAUUGUUCUUGGAUAGCAAUCUGUCUGAUGGUGUUAACAUGUUGCUCCCUGCUCUGGUUCCCCUUUAAAGUGGAAACCAAAUAAAAUCGCAGUUUGUAUUUUU